AUGGACACCCAGGUCGAAAAUGCCAUCGAGAUAGCGUGGAGUCCGACUUCUGAUCCAAACCUCAAGACACAGGCCUUUGAUUUCCUAAACCAGCUUCGUUCUGACGCUUCAGGUCGGCAGGCCUGCCUUGCUCUUUUCACCAGAACGCCUAGAACAUCCGAAGUUGUCCGCUUGGUCUCUUUAGACGUGGUCAAUAACGCUAUUCAGACUCAGCAACUCGACGCACAAACCCUAAAUCAUAUCAAAGAGUCCCUCUUGGAAUACGCCAGGCGGACCUACGGUUCUGGCAAUCAAGAUGAAGUCGACCCGCCCAGCCUGCAGAACAAACUCACACAAACCUUGACAUUUCUCUUUAUACCAUUGUACAAACAGGGCUGGGAAAGCUUUUUAGAUGAUUUCUUGGCGUUAACCAGCCUACAAAAUAACGGAGCAAGGGAUAAUAUUACUGGUAUUGUAUUAUACCUGCGAAUCCUGAGUUCCAUUCACGAUGAGAUCGCCGAUGUUAUGGUAACGCGGACAGCCGCAGAGACAAAGCGUAACACCGAGUUGAAGGAUCUUUUUCGAGCCCGCGAUGUUCAGAAAGUGGCUACUUCUUGGCAGGAGAUCAUCACGCAAUGGAGAGACCGGAAUGAUGCAGUCGUGGAGAUGACUCUCAAAAUCGUUGCGAAGUGGGUGAGCUGGAUCGACAUAUCUCUGAUUGUGAAUCAGGAUACCCUGAAUCUGCUCUUCCUCCUCGUCGGCCGUACUGGCACUAGCAAUGGCGAAGACAAGGUCCGAGAUGCUGCUAUUGACACUUUCACAGAGAUCGUGGCCAAGAAGAUGAAGGCUGCUGACAAGAUUGGGAUGAUUAUCUUCUUGAACCUUGGAGAAGUGGUCUCCCAACUCAUUGCAAGCCCUGCUUUGAAUGCCCUACGAACAACAUCUAGCUAUGAUACAGACCUCGCAGAAGCAGUUGCAAAGCUUGUCAACAAUGUUGUCUCGGACAUUGUAAAGGUGCUCGAGGAUGGUCAUGUGGAGGCUGAGACUCGCGCUCAAGCGGAACAGCUCCUGCAAACCUUCCUGCCUCUCCUACUUCGAUUCUUUUCUGACGAAUAUGAUGAGAUUUGCUCCACAGUCAUCCCAUCUCUGACGGAUAUCCUUACAUUCUUACGCAAAGCCCAGCCUCUUCCCCCCGCAUACUCAGCUAUGCUGUCGCCAAUUCUUAACGCAAUAAUCCAGAAAAUGAGAUACGACGAGACAUCUUCCUGGGGUAACGAGAACGAGCAGACGGAUGAGGCAGAGUUCCAGGAAUUACGAAAAAGGUUGCAGGUGCUUCAAAAAGGUGUAGCUGCUGUUGCCCAGGAUCUUUAUGUUGAUAUCUUGAGCAACGUGGUUGGAAACACGUUUCAGACAUUAGAUCAGCAAGGCGGCCAGAUGGAUUGGCGUGACCUUGACCUAGCUCUUCACGAGAUGUAUCUCUUUGGGGAGCUUACUGUUCCGAAUGGCGGUCUCUACGCAAAAAGCCAACCAUCCAGCGUAGCAGCAGAGCGACUGAUCAUUAUGAUGUCAAAAAUGGUCGAGUCCGGAAUUGCAUCCUUUGCUCACCCCGCUAUCCAAUUGCAGUACAUGGAGAUCUGUGUUCGAUACUGCUCCUUUUUUGAGAAUCAAACGCAAUUCAUUCCACAAGUUCUCGAACAAUUUGUUCGCCUUGUCCAUCACAAUCAUAUUAGAGUUCGGACGCGCUCAUGGUAUCUCUUUCACCGUUUUGUGAAGCACUUACGAGCUCAUGUUGGAAACGUUGCGGAGACAGUGAUCCAGUCGAUUAGCGACCUUCUGCCCAUCAAGGCUGAAGUUCCCGAGGAUACAGCAGAUGAUGAUAUGUCUUCCGAGCAAAGUGAUCAUUCUGCUGAUGCUACCUUCAAUGGCCAGCUCUACCUUUUUGAGGCCAUCGGCUGCAUCUCAUCUACAUCAACUACGCCUGUUGAGAAGCAGAUUUUGUACGCACGAUCAAUCAUGGAGCCGUUGUUCUCUGAGAUCGAACGCAAUCUGGCACCUGCCAAAGCGGGAGAUGCCCAAGCUACUCUACAGAUUCAUCAUGUCAUCAUGGCCCUCGGGACUUUGGCCCACGGGUUUUCCGACUGGACUCCAGGUAAUGCUGCAACUGCAAAUCAUGCACCCAUGAGGGAGGUAUCUGAAGAAUUUGGUCGGGCGGCAGAGGCGAUUCUGAUUGCUCUUGAAGCACUCAAGUCCUCCACCGAUGUUCGAACAGCUGCCAGAGCAUCCUUCUCCCGACUUAUGGGGGUUCUAGGCAUUGGGAUGUUGCCAUUGCUUCCACGAUGGAUUGAUGGAUUACUUUCGCAGAGUUCUUCUAAGGAUGAAAUGGCAAUGUUUCUACGCCUGUUGGACCAAGUCGUCUUCGGCUUCAAGAAGGAGAUAUACAAUGUCCUCGACUCUUUACUUACACCACUUCUCCAACGAGUCUUUGCAGGCUUGGCUGAGCCAAUCAGUGGAACCGACGAUGAGAUACAGCUUGCUGAACUUCGCCGGGAAUACUUGACCUUUGUUCAGAUCAUUCUGAACAACGACCUUGGCUCUGUCUUGGUAAGUGAUGCGAAUCAAAACUUUUUCGAGCCUCUUAUCAUAUCCGUCACCACCUUGGCCAAGACCGUUACGCAUGGAACUGGCAACCUUGCUGCAAGCCGGCUGGCCUUCUCCGUGAUCACACGCAUGGCGGAUCUCUGGGGCGGACCAAACAUUGCGACUCUCGGGGCCGAGCCAACAUCUUCAACCGUUCCUCCAUCUCCAGCGUUUCCUGGGUUCGACCGUUUCCUUAUUGAAAGAUUCCAUCCCAUCUGCUGGGACGUCCUACGCGAGCCCCAGUUCCAGCCAUUCACCGAUGCUCAAGCAAAGCAAGUCCUGAACGAAAUCGCUGGCCUUGAGCAGACCAUCUACACAAAGACUGGUCAAAUGUUUAUCCAGCAUCUGCAGGGUUCUUUCUUUCCGUCUAUGGGUAUUGAUGGGACCGAAUUCAUCAAGCAAAUGACGACCUCUACUAACAGAAAGAAUCUAUCUGUAUACCUCCAGGGGUUUUUGAGACACAGAGAACAAUAG